AGGGUUCAACCGGAAGCUACGCGUCUUCCGGUUGACUUGACGUAAUAAAGAGUAAACGCGGAAGUUGGCGUUCAGUCGGUUGAGCGCAGAAACAAAGAGACAAGUUGAAGUUUAAACUUGUGGAAACUUUAAUUCGACCUGAAACAAACCUGAGCGCUCCAUCAUGUCUGCGCCUCAAGUUUACGCUGCGACGACGACGCCGAACCCCAAAUCCUCCUGGUUCCUGGUUCCGUCAGCCAGUCUGGAUAAAAGCCGCUUCGUGAUCAAAGUCCUGGAAGUGCUGCUGUCCUUCGCCGCCUUCAUCCUGGAGGAGGUCGUCCUCAGCUGCGUCAGCUGCUCCGCCCUCUACUUCUUCGAGUUUGUCAGCUGCACGGCCUUCCUCUUCACCCUGCUGCUCCUCAUCCUCCUCUCCACCACCCUGCACACCCGGGUGGGCAUCACCUGCUGGUCCAGCCUGGUAAGGAUCCACUCUCAUUCUUCUGUUUCUCUGAGUUACACUGACAGACUGCACUCUGGUGUCAGCGGACGCUCAGCAUAAAGACCGGAGG